UCUCUCCUCUCUCUCACUAUAAAAAAAACCCCAAAAACCUCCUUCUCUUCCAUUGGCUUAAAAUCCUCACCAUUUCUUUUUCUCAUUUUCUCUCUCCUCUUCAUCAAUGGCGGGCACUGAAAACCUAGACCAGCAGCUUCCCUGCGAUGGCGACGGAAACUGCAUGUUAUGCAAGAAGAAGCCAUCGGAAGGAGAGAAGAUUGUGUGUAAAACAUGCGUAACUCCAUGGCAUGUAGAAUGCCUUGUUUCUCCGCCGGAAUCUAUGGCUUCCGUCGCACAAUGGGAGUGUCCUGACUGUUCUCCGGCGGAAUACGCCGGAAAAUUAACUGCUCCGGUGAGUGUAACCGGCUCUUCCGGUGAACUUAUCGCGAAAAUUAGGGCGAUCGAAGGAGAUGCGACGCUUUCUGAACAAAGUAAGGCGAAGAAACGUCAGGAGUUGUUGAGUGGUUGUGGAUCCAUUACCGGUUCUUCCGCUGAAAGGAAAGAUGAUAAUGAAAUUCUGGAAAUUCUUGGUGAGAAUAUCAAAUGCUCUUUCUGUAUGCAACUCCCUGACCGCCCUGUCACUACUCCAUGCGGGCAUAACUUUUGCUUGAAAUGUUUCGAGAAAUGGGUGGGACAAGGUAAACGGACAUGCGCAAAGUGUAGGGAACAGAUUCCUGCCAAAAUGGCUAGCCAACCCAGAAUCAACUCUUCUCUUGUUUUUGCCAUCAGAAUGGCAAGGACCUCAAAAGCUACUAAAGUUGAGGCUCCUCGAGUAUUUCAAUUUAUGCACAAUGAGGAUCUUCCUGAUCAAGCAUUUACAACUGAGAGGGCUAAAAAGGCAGGCAAAGCUAACGCUAGAAGUGGAAGGAUAUUUGUCACCAUCCCACACGAUCAUCUUGGACCUAUUACUGCCGAGUAUGAUCCAGUGCGGAACAUGGGUGUGCUUGUUGGUGACUGUUGGGAAGAUCGCCUGGCGUGUAGACAGUGGGGUGCUCAUUUCCCACAUGUUAGUGGUAUUGCUGGACAGUCUAAUUUUGGGGCACAAUCAGUAGUUCUUUCUGGAGGAUAUGAAGAUGAUGAAGAUCAUGGAGAGUGGUUCCUUUAUACUGGAAGUGGGGGUCGUGACUUGAGUGGAAAUAAGCGUACAAACAAGUUACAAUCAUCUGAUCAGAAGUUUACAAGUGCAAAUGAGGCACUUAGGACGAGCUGCAGAAAAGGAUAUCCUGUUCGUGUUGUAAGAUCCCACAAAGAGAAGCGCUCUAAUUAUGCACCAGAAAGUGGGGUUCGGUAUGAUGGUAUAUAUAGAAUCGAGAAGUGCUGGAUAAAGCAAGGAACACAGGGCUUUAAGGUCUGCAGAUAUUUAUUUGUUAGAUGCGACAACAGUCCUGCACCAUGGACAAGUGAUGAGCAUGGUGACCGACCAAGAGCAUCGCCAGAUGUUCCAGAGCUGAAGAAGGCUGUUCAGCUGUUUGAAAGGAAGGAAAGUUCUCACUGGGAUUUUGAUGUAGAUGAAGGAUGCUGGAAAUGGAAAAGGUCUCCACCACCUAGCAAAUUUUUGAAGGAAAAGGGAACUGGAGCUGCUCGUUCAAAGAAAAACUCCAAAGCAAAAAUUUUGAAGGAAUUUAGUUGCCAAAUUUGCCACAAGGUGUUGAAUCUGCCUAUUACAACUCCAUGCGCUCAUAACUUCUGCAAAUCUUGCUUGGAUGGCGCAUUUGAUGGUCAAAAGUUUGUAAGAGAGAGAAAUACUGGUGGACGGUCAAUGCGAACCCAAAAAACCGUCAUGAAAUGCCCUUCAUGCACGACAGACAUUUCCGAGUUUCUUCAGAAUGCACAGGUCAAUCGGGAGUUGAUGGGGGUGAUAGAAUCAUUAAUGCGCAAGUUCGAAGAGGAGGAGAAAGUAGAUGGUGCAGAGAGCUCAGAUGACGUCAAUGACAAUGAAGAGAGUCUGUCUGAAGGUGCAGAAAUCAGCACCUCUGAUACUGAAGAGACUGAAAGCAGCAAAUUGGCCAAGGAGGAAACUGAUGCGGCAAUGGAGAAGCCUAAAAGUGAGAAUGCGAAAGUUGAAGAAUCAGGCUGUGAGGAUCCAACGGAAGUGAAGGUUGAGCCUUCACCUGCUAAAAAGAGAGGACGUCCAAAGAAAGUGACUGAAAGCAGCAAAUCUGACAAGGAGGAAACUGACGUGGCCAUGGAGGAACCCGAUACUGAAGAGACUGAAAGCAGCAAAUUGGCCAAGGAGGAAACUGAUGCGGCAAUGGAGAAGCCUAAAAGUGAGAAUGCGAAAGUUGAAGAAUCAGGCUGUGAGGAUCCAACGGAAGUGAAGGUUGAGCCUUCACCUGCUAAAAAGAGAGGACGUCCAAAGAAAGUGACUGAAAGCAGCAAAUCUGACAAGGAGGAAACUGACGUGGCCAUGGAGGAACCCGAAGGCAUGAAUGAAAACCUUGAACAAUCCGGCUGUGAGGCCCCAAAUGAAGUGAAGGUUGAGCCUUCUGCUGCUAAAAAGAGAGGUCGUCCAAAGAAAGUGAUUGUUAGCAGCAAAUCUGCCAAGGAGGAAAAUAAUGUGACAAUGGAUAAACCUGAUGGUGAGAAUGGAAAUGUUGAAGAAUCUGAUUGUGAGGACCCAAAUGAAGUGAAGGUUGAGCCUUCACCUGCUAGAAGAAGAGGUCGUCCAAAGAAGAGUGCUGGUGCUGGUUCUGGUGCUGUGGUUAAUACAAGAGGAAGGAAAUCUCGCAGGGUGGCUGAUGAUGGAAAUGUUUCACCAUCUAGUCCUCUUCAUGUUCGCUCAGAUCACGAGCUAGAGUGAUUCUCAAUCCUUGGUAAGAGGUGUAAUGUUGUAAUAUGGCACUGCGUUAAGGAGCACAGUUUGAUCCUCUUGCCUGCAACACAGUUUUUUUUUGUAAAGGUCAAGUAUUUUACCCCACAGUUGCAACCACAGUCUAGCUUAUAGAGCUAGUUGCAACACAUUUUGUACUUCCAUAGUUGCAAUGCGUUUUCUUAGGGGUGUGUUGCAUUUUGAUGUAGUCAGCCUCUGAACAGUUCUUGCAGAUUAAAGUUUGGAAGGGUUAUCUAUUAAAUGUCAUUCAAUUCAACAUGUA